UACAAUUUGGGUUCAUUUGACUUUACAUUGACGUCAUCACGGGGCGCCCAUGAUGAGAAGGGCCUCCAGCUAGAAGGUAAUGCACGUGAAUGUGUGGUGUAGAAGUUUGAGAAAGUAUAAAUUGUCUGUCUUCUCAUGUCAAGUAAAUAAUAGCACAUUUGGGGCACGUAGCGUUUAUCGUACUCUAAAUCUUAUUUUUUGCUCUCACCGGGGCAGCUCCACGAUGGAGCAGGUAUCAGCUGUAACCGCUUCGACAGCAGAGGUAAACAGCCCGGAGUUCAUGGAGAAAAACACAGUGAAAAAUGUCUCAGAAACAGGCAAACGCAAAAGCGAUGAGACAGACGAACCCGAGUCAAGAGGCCGAGGAAAGAGGCGCCGAGGAGCCGGGGGGAAGAAGCUCCGUCCGGGGGAAAGGUAUAUCCCACCCCCGCAGAAGAGAAACCCCGGUAUAAGCUUCAACCAAGUUCAUUUUGACGAGACCUCUUACUAUUUUGAAGGGGGUCUGCGCAAAGUCCACCCCUACUACUUUGACUUCAAAACAUACUGCAAAGGCCGGUGGAUUGGUAAGAGCCUCCGUGAGGUGUUUGAGAGUGAGUUCAGAGCCGAGUCCAUCGAGUACUACCACGAGGCCUGCAAAGAGGGUCGUAUCCGGCUGAACGACACACCUGUGGAGGACCUGUCUAUGGUACUCAGGGUCAGUGUUUCCAUUAUAUGUCAAAUGUUUAUAGGGGAGAGUGGGGUAAGAUGAGCCAUUAUUCAUAUUUCGGAUCACUACAUCAAGGCAAUCAUAGUUUUGUCUCUAACUAGUAUAUCUGCAUAUAUUUCAAGAUGUUGUUCAUCCCUGCAGACUAACAGGAUGAGAGUAAAUAUAACUGUCUUAAUAUAGCAUGCCAAAAAAGUGGUCUCCUAUGGUCAACUUAUCCUGUGUAUGGGGUAAGUUGACCAUAGGAGCGGGGUAAGUUGAGCUGCAUCCCUACUACCCCCUCACUCUCCACCCCAGCCCUCCCUCUUUUCUCUCCCUAAAUAAAAGUCACUUCUUCACAUUCAUGUGUAUUUUUAUCUAUUAUACACUAUUCAAGUCGUAAAAUAAUACUUUUUAUUAUUGCAUAUAACUGCUAAAAAGCUGUUUUGUAAAAAGCCAUUUAACAUGAGAAUGUCUUUAAGUGAUUCAGAACAUUCACAGCUGUAUUUUUGAAAAGAAAAAGUAACACAUUUCAACAAUCUUAACUGAAACUCUGAUCCUCUCAUCAGACUCCUUUACUUUCUUAGUUGAGCCACUGGCCCAACCUACCCCGGCUAGGUUUUUGACCUCAUGUUGUAGCUCAAAGAUACCACAAUUGAUGUAUAAAACAAAUUUAAAAUGAUCAUUUUUGGUCUGAACACAAUUCUAAUAAAACUUAUGACAGACUAAAUUCACUUUCAAGAGUCAAAAUGUCUAACCCCUUCAUCUAUAUGUGCUUCUAACCUUCACAGACUCCAUGAAUUGAUGCCCAUCUCCUAAAUAUUUGGUCACAUGAUCAAUUUCUUUUACCAUUUCCAAGCAACAGGGGGUGGCUCAACUUACCCUUUGGCCAAAUCAUGACAAAAAAUGACUAAGUCCUCUUGAAAUGUUUCCUCACUAUCCACAGAAUAACGACCUCAUGAAGAACACUGUGCACCGUCACGAGCCCCCUGUUGUCGGUACAACUUUGAAAAUUCUGGUGGACAACGGCGAGGUGCUUGUGGUUGAUAAGCCCGCCUCCAUCCCUGUCCACCCCUGUGGUCGAUUCCGUCACAACACUGUGAUUUUUAUCCUCGGAAAAGAACUGGGUAUCACUGAGCUCCACACAGUCCACAGGCUGGACAGGCUGACAUCUGGGGUGCUGCUGUUUGCCAGGACACUGGAGGUGUCAAAGAAACUGGAUCAGUUAGUGAGGGACAGAAAGGUAUGUAAACCAUAAGCUGGAUAUCAACUCUAUAAUUCCCCUUGUGCUAUUCUUAAACGUAUAGUGUUGUAUUUAAAUGAUGUACCUCUGAUGUCCUUUAAUUUUGUUCUUUUAUCAGCUUGAAAAGGAGUAUGUGUGUCGAGUAGAGGGGGAGUUCCCGGAGGGUGAACUGGUCUGCGAGGAGCCCAUCCUGGUUGUUUCCUUUAAAGUCGGCCUCUGUCGCGUUGACCCUAAAGGUAAGGAGUGCAGAACUCUGUUCCAGAGGCUUAGCUAUAACGGGAAAACCAGCGUGGUGCGCUGUUCACCCCUGACUGGCCGAACACACCAGAUCAGGGUCCACCUUCAGUUCCUGGGCUUCCCGAUCCUCAAUGAUCCAAUUUACGGGUCCUCAGCUUGGGGUCCUCACAGGGGUAAGGGGGGACUGGUGGGGAAAAGUAAUGAAGAAUUGCUGCAGGCACUGGUGGAGGAACAUCGCUCCCAGGAGAGUCUACACCUUUUGGAUAUUACAGAUGGUGGAAUUGGGAUUGAACAAGAGGUGGGGAAAAAGAAGGUGCCGGAGAAUCUAGAUGGAACCUCUGAACCUGAGAAGAGCGGAGAAAGCCAGAAAAAACAGACUGACUGCAGUGAGACUGACUCUAACAUGACGCAGGGCUGCAAAGACCUAAGAAACGAAAACACCUCAUCUGAUUCUCCUCCAACAAAUUCAAAUGGGGAUCAGAAAGAAGCAACUGACUUGACUCAGAAAGUCCCUCCAGAAACCAGAGACCACCUGUGCAGUGAAUGCAGGCUAGUCCGCCCAGAUCCUACGGAGAAGGAGCUCGUCAUGUAUCUCCAUGCUCUACGCUACAAGGGACCGGAUUUUGAAUAUUCCACAUGUUUACCAGACUGGGCAAAAGAGGACUGGGUUGAAACUGAAUAAAGCCCAUUAAAGAAUUUCAUUUUCUGCCCUUUAAACAUUUAAAAGUAUCCUGUCAGAGGUUUUGAUGUUGCAAAGUGCACGAAUAAUGAAAAUAUUUUGGUUACUGCUUUAGAAAAGUGUGAAAAAGCCUGAUAUUUUGAUUUGAUAUAUAAUUUACUUUGAUGUUUUAAUUAAACGUCCUCAUUUUCAGCCUUUCAGAAUCUGUCUCCUGGUUCAGCAAUGAUUUGAAACAAAUAAAAAGCCAGUCUGCAGGAAAAUAAACCUUUUCUUUAAUUCCAGUUUUGUGAAAAAUUAACAUUGACAUCUAUGAAUAAGCGUGAUGGUGGUGACCUUUAAUAUAUUUUCUGGAUAGAAAGCCUAUGGUUGAUUUCAUUCAUCUCUAAGGCAAGUGAUUCUGCUGAUUCAUUCAAAGUGAAGGCUCAGUGAAGAACUGUGAUGUUACAGACAAGAAGUCAAAAGCAAACACUUCCUGUAAAGAGAGAGAUGGAAAACAAUGCUGCUCAUAGGCACAUUUACACAAGUCUGUCCUUGUCAGGUCUAAACCACCAUCACCUCUAACACUUCUGUUAUAUAUUUAGAAUAUCACACUACACACCGUACACAUACUCCAUGUUUCACUUUUGUCAAAGGACACAUCCUUGGCACACAAAACAACACACAGAUUCUGUUUCAGCAUGUGGAACAAGCAGUGAAAAGACAUUUGCCACAUGCUGUUCAUGUCAUAAAUACAGUAACUUGAAAGAGACACUAUCAGCUAAUAUGCUAGCUGUGGGACAGGGUUCACAUGAAGGCUUUUUGUUCCAUAGAUACUCUGUUAACAGUGCUGCAGCAAGGUCUAUGUACAAAUAAUAAGCUGUGUAGGCAGUGGCAAGUGAUGGUACAACUACUACUGUGAACUCUUCAAAAGAUUUCUUUCACUAAGGCAUACAGUGGAAAGGGUUCGAAGUGUGUAUGCACCUUAAUUUGUCAACAAUAGUGUGUAAGCCCACACUUAAUGUAAGGUAAGAGACUUUUUUUGUACAUUAAGUAAACAAUUUUGGCACUGAAGCUGAAAUAAACAGCAGAUCUUUUAAACUGACGGUAAAACACUAAAUGCUAACAAGCUAUGACAUUAUAAAGGACACAUUACUGGCUAAGUUUCUGGUUUAAACAUCAUGAUCACAACUCACAUACUGUAGAUACCAUUGUAACAGUGUGAAACCUACUGACUGUCGCUGAGUGUUAGUUUUUUUUUUUUUUGCUGCUAGGUGAAGUUUUUUUUGUGUGUUCCAGUUGUGUGGAUUUUAAUUAUCAGGGCGAAGUUGUUCAAAAGGUUCAAUUCCUUUUUACUCCAUAGAGGGUCAAGAUUUGUUCAAGAUUUUAAUAAAUGCCUGCGGAAGAUUCACAUGACCCCAGAGCAGACUUUGUAGGAUUUCCAAAUCCAGAUUACUUGUGCUUUAAUCUCGGAACCAAUCAGCAUCCUUAGUCUAUAGUAAGAGGCAGUAUGUGGGAACAGAUGCCAACUUUCAGUAAAAGCCAGUGUUGCCAGUGGGACUUCCUAUCUACAUUUUCAUUCUACAUCCACCACUGCAAUGCAAAAUAUAUAAUUCUCAGGUCUGUUACAUUCCCUCUGGGAAAAACUGGUCACCUGUUUCAACCCCUGGUAGGUGUCGGCUUAGAAGUAGACAUACUCACUGCGGUAAGACAGACACUUUGCUCUUGCUACUGUGGUAUGAACCCAAAAAAGGAACCAAUAUUUCUUGUGAUUUACCCAUAGUUUGUAGUUUUUAAGUUUGCCAAAUUGGAAUCAUGGUACAGAUUUUGAAACUGCAAGAAUACAGUUAUGUCAAGUCUGUCCUCUCAAACACACAGACACCAGAACACUUCCCACAUAAAGUCUAUUAAGUCUACAGAUCCAGGGUUCAGCUUCUGCAUUUUUCUGGAGAGAUCGCCCGCCCUUUGUUGUGACUUUAUAUUUCAUAGUUUGUCCAGAGGGGGGCACUAACAUCCACACAAAAUAAAAAGUUCCUUUAAAUUAAAUAUUUUGUUUAAUGUCACUGUUAUGAAGAAAUAAUUGAUUUUGUCACAACAUUCAUGUCUUGUUCGUUUACUGUUUCACUAUAAGUAUUUGGAGUAAAUUAUAUUUUAAAAAGUGUUUAAAACUUAAAACCCUGAUUGAAAUUCCUGUUUAUUUUUCAGAUUAAUCUGAAAUGUUCUCAAAAGAGCAACAUAAUUGGAGGUUUUAUCCUAAUGAAAAUGAGGAUUUGGAUGUUGUAUCCAUCUUAUCUAAAAGCCUGAUUUAAAAAAACGUAUAUCUGAUUUAGUCGUUAUUUUCUUAGGGAGGACUGAUUUCAAGAUGUAACCCUGUGUUGUUGCUUUUAUCCAACAAGAUUACUUUUGAACAACUGUGCCCUGAUAUCUGCUAAUGUUUGCGGCUCAUUGAAGUAAAGUACAGCAUGAAGAAAGGCCAAUGACUGGCACACAGGUUGCACUGUCUUUGCUUUAGCCCAGGCUGUGAAGGUGUAAAAAAAGAGUUCCAGGCACAAAGUAAACUCUGCAGUACUUGAUGAUUUUCACCAGCUCAAAGCAGUUUUAACUUUCUUCAUGUGUCUAAUUGGUGCAAAGUUAUGGCUAGGGAAAGACGGUGUCAUCUUUCAUGUUCUUUUUUCUAAAAAUAAACAAGUCAUGCUUUGAAUUGACCUUUGGCUGUGGAAACACUCAUGCUGUGACCUUUUUCAAUCAUUACAUACACUUUAAAAACCUCAGCAGCAACAUUAGACUCACAUGCUGUCAUGUGUUACAUUUGCACUUGGCUUAUAUUUCCUUUGAGUUAAAGUAACAUCGUAUGCUUAUAUAAGCUCAUUAAUUAUUUUUUUCAAAAAUACAAAUCGAUAGCAUUUAAUGCACAGUGUUUCAAAGACUCCCCCAAGAGUUUGUUCAGCAGGUAUCUUCCCGUCCAUCCCUCUUUAUCCAAACAUCUGGCAGGUCUGGCUUACUGUUGGGUAAAAUAACCACCUCUUCACUCUGGCUCAUACGCCCCUUAUUACAAGUCUCAUAAACUGUUUCUUUGAGGGAGAGACGGAGUGUGUCUCUUUUCCCAUUUAGAUGUCCAGGCCGUAACUGGACCUCCUCUUCUUCUUCAUUUUGCUGCAUGCUUGAAGGCCCUGGUUCGAUGUCACUCAGGCAUGUUUCAUUCGAGUCCUCAAGGCCCUCACAUGAGCUCUGAGACUGGGGGUCAUGGUGGUGAUGGAGGCUCUGCUCUGCUGUUGGUGCAUCUUUGUAGAGAGACGGUUGCUCGAAGGUCUCCAGGGUGUGGCUGAUGAUAGUUUCCUCAAUGCUAGAUGAUGAAGAGGAGGAGGUGUUGCCCCAGUGUUUCACACCCCCACACUGACUUCUGCAUGUUUUACACAGCAGCCUGUCCUUAGCUCCAUCUUCUGGUGCCUGACCUCCAGAGCAAAGGGUGCUCUCUUUGUACGGAGAUGAAGUCUGGAGGGCUGGAGGUGUUUGACAGAUUUUAUGCUGAUGGCUGCACAUCUCUUCACUGUCCCCAUCCAUGCUACUCCUGUCCACAUCUUUUCCACAAAACUCAAUCUCAUCAGAGAGCACCGAGGGUCUGUUGGACAGCUUGCUGGUGCAGGUGCUGUUCUCAAAGCUAUCACUUAGUCGGUACGCCAACGGCUGCAGCUCGUACUGCUCCGGUCCUCCGCCUCCUCCCGCUCCGGUUUGUUUCUGUCUCUGCUGACGUUGGUGGUUGGGGUACAGAUAGCCACCUGCUUCUUUGUCAUAACUCCUCCUCACUCUAGAUCUGCCAAAUGCCCCGUUAGCUGCCAAGGCUGACGAGGAACCUUGUUCUGCUGUGGAGCAAGAAGACAGGGCGCCAUCGUUGUGAUCGGAACAACAAGGCAGCAUGAUCUUCCCACAGUUUCUUUCAGGUCCAAAAAAGCAGCAGAGGGACUGGAAAAAGAAGGUCGCAAAUCCACACGCUACACAUUUCACCAAAAACAAGAAGAUGCCCAGUUUUCUGAAAAGCAAGGCUGUUGCGGGCAGCAUGAUAAUCCCCAUGGAGAAAAAUGCACCAGAAACUAUUGCUACAGGACAUCCCAUUCUUUUAGUGGCAUGAGCUACUUUCCCGAUUUUGUCUGAAUGAGGAGCUAAGCUGUAAGAUAUGCAGUAGUUAGCGACAAAGUCAACAGACAGCCCUGCUGCUGAGGAUAUGAACAGAGCUUCAAUUCCACUCAGCUGCCAUUCAAGUAAAACAAGGAGGCCAACGGUGACAAAAACACUGCCUCCAACAGCUACAGUCCCGUAUAUGCUUAGAGGAAUAUUCCAGGUGGUGAAAAGCAGCAAAACAAAUGUGAGCGCUACUGAAAAAGCAGCUACUACCAGAGUCUCUGAGCUCAAAGAUUGUUGUAGGUCAAAAAGAGACAGAUGGCUGAUGAACCAGCCGUUCUCCAGCCCUUGUGGUGCUCCUGAUAUUUCCUUGUUAAACCACGUGAGAAUUUCUCUGUAGAAAACACUAGUUCUGCUAAAGUUGAAGCUGUAGAGGUAUGUGGUUUUGAAUGCCAACAUAAGGGCAGCGACCCUGCCAUCUGGCUGAAAGAACAGGCCUCUGCUGUGAGCCAGAUGGCCCUCGGCAUACCUCUCCGCCAGCAUCAUACUGAGGCAGCUCUCAAAAACCCCGGGAGGGUAGGGGAAAGGGAUUUCAUUACAGCAAAAAUGGAGGGAGUCAUCACUCUCAGAGCAACGCCUGACAGAUACCCAGCGUAUGAGCUGCUCCACAAGACAGAUAUUAUCCGUCAGAACAUCUUCGUCUUCUGGUGAUGGAGGUGAAUAAAAGCUUUGGUUCUGAACCCGUCCACACAAGUCCCUCAACCACACCUGUGCUUCUGGCCGGCUCAUAUUAAAGUCUGGGUCAAGAACCAGAGAGCCAUUGCUCUUUGGGUUAAAAUGAUCGCCAUUAUCAAUCGGACUGACGCCCCAAAUGAGCAUAACUGUAACUGGUUUAUCCUCUCCAUUCUUUUGUCUCUCAAACAUAAACAUAUGACGAUACUCUGAGUCGUACCUCUCAAACGGGUGACUGGAGCGGAAAAGCUGGCUGACCCCGCUGUCCAAGGUGGUCAGUUUCAUACCUGGGUCAACACAGGUCAUGUAUGUGCCCCCAACAGCGAGCACAGCAAAGCAGCACACCCAGAUGUACCUAAACUUCACCACUCCACAAGGCAGGAUCUUCAUAAAUAAUAGAUUGGAAGUGUCACUGAGCCCUCUUUUUAACUCUCUCAGCUUCUGCACUAGAGUGAAGAGGCAUCUCUUGCGUGAACUCGUAUCCCAGAAUC